CCUCGAAACCUUCCAUACCCACACCUUGACACUUCCCUCCAAGUCGCAUCCAGUCUUGGCAUACUUACGUAGUCAGAGAGUGUUUAUUUGAAGUGGUAAGUGAAACUAACAGCACAGGUAACCAUGGCAGGACGCAAAGUCGCCGUGGACUUCGAUAAGAUCAUCCAGACUGAUCGCACAAGACGUAAGAAUGAAGCACUUGCAGAUGACAUUUUCAACCGUGGUCGUCGCCAAAGUGCCCCUGGCGCCGCAGCCUUCCGUAAGCCAGGAACCGGCCCAUCCCUUGCCAGCAGAGUCGGCAUUAGCAAAGAACGCUCCCGCUCCAUCACACCGAAACCCAUAGGCUCUGCGAAGUUCCCCAAGAGACAGGUUCCGGCAGGCAAUGUCAACUCAGACUGGACCCACGAUCUCCAUGGCGUCAACAACCCGAGCCCACUUGCUCCAUCGUCCUUCUAUAACAAGAACAUGAAACCCGGCCGCAAUGCUCAGUUUCGCACCCUUCUCAGCAACUCAGCGUCGUCACCCAACUUGAACGCCCAGUUCAAUGUGGUUUCAAAGGCGGGUCCUGGCUUGUCCAUCCGCGGUAUUGCUGGUCCUACCACCGUUCAAGCACAGAACUUCGCACCUGGAACGACUGGAGCGGACAUCGAGAGCGCAAUGACACCAAUUGGAGGCAAAAUCCUCAAAUGCAUCAUUGUAGCGACCAGGCCGAACGUUAUCGCCGAGAUCGUCUUUGAGAACAGAGAGGGCGCCAACGCCAUCAUUGACACUUUCCAUAACCAGACUGCCGACGGACGUGUCCUCAACCUCUUCAUCAAGCCCGACGUUGUCCCUGCGCCUAAAUCCGCCGCGCCUGCCUCAGCCCCUACUGGCCCUGCCAUCCCAGUCGGCCCUCGCGCUGACCGCAACAACCUCAGGCCCGCGCGCCCUGCGGACUCUGAUCGCUACAAUCAGCGCAACCGUGACAGCGGCAGAAAUGAAGUUGUGGAUGGCUCAUACGGAUUCGAGGACGAUCGCAUGGACACGGAUCAGUACGAAGCCCCGAAACCGCUGUACAGCGAUAACAUGGUUGGUGGAAGGAGUGACAGGGGCGAUAACCGUGACGGCGGGAGAGGUUACAGCCGGGGCGGUGGCGGUGGACGUGGUGGUGCGAGAGGUCGCGGAUACAGAUGAAGAUCGAAUCCUAGCUACUAUCACCCAGACGAAAGCUAGUUGUAAGAUAUACGGUCCCUUUGUGGACAUCGAACACGAUAUAUAGUGUUACGGUUUUACGUGUUCAUGACUAGAACAGCACAUCGACACAUCGCCGAGACCUUCUAAUAGGGAAUUUUCUGGUCUUAAAAUGACCAUUUAACAGCACGUAUGAAGUGGAGUUCAGGGCUAUAUAUGGUCUUCGGCGCCGAAUUAUACCAGAGGGAUAUUCCUUGACGCAGAUGGCGGGUGGAUAUGGCGUUUCGAUGAUGCACAACUGUAUAUUACAAUAGGCAGAUACUAAUUCGAU